AUGGCCAGCCCUGGCACAAAGGCAUCGUGGCUCUCGCAGCCGAGCGUGAAGAGCGUGCUGGUGUAUCGCAACGGGGACCCCUUCUUCCCGGGGCGCCGCAUUGUCAUCCACGAGAAAAAAGUGUCCAACUUCGAUGUGUUCCUGAAAGAGGUGACGGGCGGGGUGCAGGCGCCCUUUGGAGCGGUGCGGAACAUCUAUACCCCCCGGGGUGGGCAUCGUGUCCGGCAGCUGGACGAGCUCCAGAGCGGGGAGCAGUACGUGGCUGGUGGCAGGGAGGCCUUCAAGAAGCUCAACUAUUUGGACAUUGGAGAAACAAAGAAAAAACCUGCUGAAGUCAAUAAUGAGCAGUCAACACUGGAAGAUGUCAAGCCAGUUACUCACAGUAGGAUCACUGUGUCAGCACGGUUUCGAAAGCCUCUCCAGGAGCCCUACACUAUUUUCCUGAUUGCUAAUGGAGACCUUAUUAGCCCUGCAGUGCGCCUCCUCAUUCCCAGGAAAACACUGAAUCACUGGGACCAUAUUCUUGAAAUGGCAACAGGAAAAGUUCCUCUCAGAAGUGGAGCUGUUCACAGACUCUACACUGUAGAUGGAAAACUUGUUCAGAAUGGGUCAGACUUGGAGAAUGGGCAAAUUUAUGUUGCAGUAGGUAGAGAAAAGUUUAAGAAAUUGCCAUAUCAUGAUCUGCUGUCCAAGGCUACAAUGAGAAGGCCACAGGGUUCCAAAACCUCUGUACUACCUCCAGUUGUGGGAUCUCGAAAGUCGAAAGGCAGCGGAAAUGGUGGGCAGUCUAAGUCUACAAUUGGAUCUGGUGACCAGGGAGAAAACAGUUCCUCGCCUCAGCUUCCCAAAAGGAAAGACAAAAAAAGCCAGAAUCCAGAGAAUACUGUGUCCAGACGACACUUUUCUAACCAUUCUACAAAAGUAAAACAGACAGUAAAAGCUUCCCCAGGAAUCCUUCAGGAUAAUGGUGAAGAUAUUUACAAAGCCAGAGAAGAGGGGUCUGAAAUGUGGGGGGCAAUUGAAGUGCAAGAAGAUGAAGAUACUCUUGUGGAAGUUCCACUGGACCAGAGACCAGCAGAAACUGUAGAUGAAGAAGAAAAUGUAGAAGAGGAAGAUGGCAGGGGAGAGGAGGCAUAUAAAGGAGAAUAUCCAGAAGUGAAUGGAGAGGAAAGUGGGAAAACUGUUAAAGAAAAAAUUGAAGUGGAAAAAAAUGAAAAUAAAUUAAAUGAAAAUUAUGAAGAUGAAGCAGGAGAAACAGAGAAUGUUGACCAAGCAGAGGAAAAGGAACUUAUCCAUUUAAAUGGCAAAAACAAUGAAGGAAAUGGUGAGGCAAUGGAGCAUUUGAACUACCAAGGUGAUCUUCAGCCUGAAGAGGAAAUAAAAGAGGAUUCUGGUAGUCAGAACCAGGUUGAUCCUGGUCUUGAAAAAGCAUCCACAAGUCCAAGGGUGAAAAUCACCAGCCCACAAGAAAGUGAAAAGAACGACCAGAGCAAUGACUGUGCAGCAGUUGCAUAA